GACACCUCCAUUUCACCCCCGAGUGACGUGGGUUUCCAUGUCGCUGGGAUGAUCCCCUGGGAUGCGUUUCCUACUCUGGCUGGCGGCGGCUGCAGCUGAGGAAUUGCACAUCCUCAGCCACAUCCCAGAAGUCGUCCAGGUUUUCUGGUUGCCAGGCGGAGCCCUGAGCCCGAGCCGUCUCAGCAGCGAGCUCGACGCAGCAGAUUCCGAUGGUCCAAGUAGUUUUGUGAUCAACACCUAUGCCGGUCACGGUUUUCGCUUCCAAGCUGGAAGUCUCAGUUCAGAAGCAGUCACCCACAGUGGAGGUCAGCAUGAUCUGGUGAUCUUAUCCAAAUCUGGAGACAGUUUGGUUGCCGAUCUGCUAAGUGCAGUGGAUCUUCAAAAGUUCGUUCAAGAGAUGCAUUCACAUUGCAACGAAAGGGAUGGCUACACCAGCUGUUGCUACAACUUUCUUAAGACCAAACGAGGAAUUCCUGUGGCUUUUGCAGAUUACAGCAACUUCGAUGACGUUGCCACCGCAUUUGCCCGGCCCGCAGACAAGUACAUCACUGCCUACUCACCGCACAAACUAAUGCCCAGAGUCGCCGCACGUGGAAACCUGGAGGAUGAUAUCGAGUCAGAUGGCCUCGACGAUGAUGGCUAUGGAGGACAUUUGCCACCAGAUGAGAUGCUUGUCAUCAACAAAAUGCUGGUCCCUGUGGAUCUUCGCUGGGUGCAUGUGGCUCAUGACAGUGAUGUGCCCCCACAAGACAACGAGACCACCAUGAUCACACAAGUGACAUCCGAGUCCUAUGUCCGAAUCACUGCGAGGCCCGGGCAGUCCUUUGUCGUCAGCAAGCAAUCUCCGAGAGAGCAGUCUCGGUCCAGUUCGGUGUUCAGAUACCCUGGAGAGCUUGCCGUUGCAAUCAUCUCGGCCGAGGCCAAAGGUUUGGCGGUCGCAAGCCGGGAUCAGGAUGAGUUGAAGAUUGCACUGAGCGAGAUUGCUCAAAAUUGCGGAGAUUCUUCCAAAGAUGAGCAGUCCUUCACCGAGUGCUUCAAGCAAAAAGCAGUGUCGUUCCCUCCAGCAUUGGCUCUGUGGUGGUUCCAGCUUCUUUGGACCUCUGUGAGCCACUGGCUCCACUGUGUCCAUCUUCCUGACUCAGUCUCCAUCAGACAAGUGGAUUUAGAGUUGGAUGAUGGGACUGGCAAGAAUCGAUCGGUGAAGGCCCAGAUUUUUCGCGAGGAUCCUCUGGUCUUGGGGAUCUCAGGCCUUGCGACGCCACAAGAGUGUCAGCAGUUGAUCGACUCGCAGGACUUGAAAGAGGCGAAUCUCAACAUGGCCUUCAUCAGUGGUGGAUCACAUUCCAAGUCGCGUCGAACCCUCACCAAGAAUUUGUAUCCAAACAUGCAGGCGCCACAGAGCAUCCUUGCUAAGCUGCAGAAGCGCUUCUUCCAGGCCGCACGUGGGGCAUCAGGCUACGAACUUUGGCCCGAGGGACAAGAACCAGUCAAUUGGCUUCACUACAAGCCUGGCUAUGAAUAUCGACCUCACUGCGACGGCGGUUGUGGCAUGGAUCCUGUUCCGUCGGGCAUGCGAGUGGCAUCUUCUUUGCUCUACUGCAACGUGGCGGAGCAAGGUGGCAGCACAAUCUUCACGCAAGACACAACAAAGUUCACCCCAGCGCGGGGUGACUUUCUGUUCUUUGCUUAUAAGUCAGAUCCUGACUACAUGUCAAUGCACGCUGCCUGUCCAGUGUUGCGAGGCAUCAAAAGCACGGCCACACAGUGGUAUCGCGAGGGAGUCUCAAAGGACUACACCUGGGAAGACGUGGCGGACCUUGGUCUGCGACGCUCUUCCGAGCUGUGAUCAUGUGCUUUAGCUGAUAGUGCUUCCAAGCUUUGGCUGGUUCGCAGAUGAUGCGGAAACUGUCCCUUGAAACGAACUCAAAGUUAGUUUGGAAGGCAUAGUGGUGGGAAUCUUCAACACCAAAGGCUUGUGUUGACCCACUUUGCUUGGAAAGUAAAAAAGAG